UUUUCAGUCAGACCAGACAAGGGGGAAGAAGAGAUGAAUGCUGUUGAAAUGGGAUUUGCAGAAAAGGCAAGUGGUGCAGCGACAGAAAAAUAUAUUCAAUUCGCAGACUUCUGUCAUCCCCCGGAUCUUUGGAUCAGUUGUUUUUCCCUCUCAGCCUCAUUCAUUGCUUCUGAGGAUGAACUUCUAAACACCUGCUGUGGUCGAAACUGUUCUUACAUCAUCUCCUGAACACAGUGACUUUAAUCACAUGAAAUCAUGAGGUUAAUGCCACAGUUGAGACUUCAAAGCUGUUUCUGCAGACCUGAGCUGAUUUUUUUUGGAAAAUGCUAUGGUAGCUGCUGGUUCUUAACCAAUAGAAGAAUUAGAAGAAUUACCAAAGAUGUCAGUAUUCUGCUUAACAUGCAAUACAAGAAGAUGGGAAAAUUUUCUAGCAGAACUGCUGUCUGGGUGGGGGUGGCAGUACCGUAGGAUGAGUUCUCCACUUAAUCUCAGAUUAGUUUUGAAUUUUGUCUUUUUGUAUAAAAUGGAGAUGAAUAUCCUUGUUCUGUAUUACCUACUUGAACCAGAUGACCUUUAAAAGGUCCAUUCCAACUCAAACUAUUAUAUGAUUCUGUGAUUCUAUGAAAUUGUUAGUUGUGCUAUAAAAGGGAUUCUCACAAGAAAAAAGGUGAUUACAGGGCUUACUAAUGAGAGUAAGAGAUCAGGCUACAAGGGGAGCUAUCUUCAGAGAGACACUCUGAACAAUCUUUCAGAAGGGGGGAAACACCAAGAAACAUCUAGAUGACUCUGAUGGGUUAUGUGCAAUAGCAGAAAACUUUCCUCUGACCAGAAAGUCCCUUCUGGUUCUGUGUUUCUGAGUUGGAGGACAAUGAAAUUCUUAAAUUUUAAUUCUGCCAGGAGCAACAGCAGUUAUCUAUUGAUUGAUAAUAUUAAUUAUAGACUGGAUUGAUUGGAUGUUGCUUGUGACUGAAUAAAACCAGAAGAACAGAUGAAAUAUCUUCUUGUAAAAUAAGACUCACAAAGAAGAAGCACGUUUAUCUUUGCUUGGCUUUCAGAGGAGGCUUCACCCAGUUCCUGGUCAUUUGGGUAGCACCAAUGGAAUUCAUCCAGAGUAACACAUUUUGUGGAGUUCCUGUAAAGGUGAGAUCAGAAUCAGGUCCACUGUCUCCAGGACAUGGAACAAUUAAAUAACACUAUGAGCACCUGUCAGACAAGAUAAACGAAGAUAAACGGCUGUGACUACUAAAUUAAAAUCUCUGUAGGAGAGGAAUGGGAAAUGAUGCAGAACAGCAGUGGCAUUGGAAGAAAAGGCUCAUUUGAAGACCAGGAGACUGAUUUGAAUUGGCAACGCAACGCAAAUCCCAGUCCGCUGAUUAAAGAUGAUGGAGAGCUGCUUAUGGAUGAGCAUCUUUCCCCCAGGAAACUGAAAAUUUUGGCAGGGGUAGAUGAUCUGCAGCAAGUGAAGGUCCUAGAGAUGCGAGUAGACACCAGAGAGAUCAGCUUGGGGAACUUUGGUGUGCAUCUGCCUAAUCUGAGAGAACUGAAGUUGAACAAUAGCUUGCUUACAUCUGUGAGGGAUCUUGGAACCUCAUUGUGCCAUCUCCGUGUCCUGUGGAUGGCUCGGUGUGGGCUCUCAGAUUUAGAUGGGAUCUCUUCCUGCAGCUCUCUAAAAGAACUCUACAUUGCUUAUAACAAUAUCUCUGACCUGAGCCAGCUGACCUGGCUGGACCACCUUGAGGUUUUGGACCUGGAAGGGAACAAUAUUGAGGACAUCAACCAGGUGCAGUACCUGCGACUUUGUUGCAAGUUAAGCCACCUGACAGUGGAGGGCAACCUUAUUUGCCUGAAGCCAAAUGCAGAAUCUGCAGAGGACCCAGACUAUAAUUACAGAGCAGAAGUAAAAAAACUCAUUCCCCACUUGAAGUAUUUGGACAGAAUACCAGCAAGUCAGACUGCUCUCCUUCCUUCCAAGAAGAUGCAUGAGCAUUCUCUAAUCAUCAAGAAAUCCAUCAAGGAAGGUGGUUUAGUCAAAGACAUUUCACAGUUAGGUCUGUAUCUUGGGGAAGUAGCAAAGCCAUCUGGAUGCAGCCCAAAACCCCCAACACCUUCCAGACCUGGAAAUGCAGAGUGUUCUGCUAAUGCAGGGACGUGUAGUGAUGCCAGCCUCUUGUCUGGUAGCUGUCCUCUUCCAGAUUCCACUGUUUUUCCUGAUAAGCUGUUCACAGAAGAUGACUCUAGUGAUUUGACACAUGGACUCCGUCAAGUUAUAUGUGGGAACCCCGCCAAGGCCCUCCAUGCAAGGAGGCAAAAGCUAGGUCCACCUCCUACUGUGAGUCCUUUGAAACCAUCCAGUCUGAUGACAGAAAACCUCUGUGGCUCUGGAGGAGGAAGAGAUCUGCACCAGGAAAAGGUGUCCCCUGACCUGGGAACAUGGACCGAGCAGCACAAGGGGUGCCUGCAAGCAGGUCAGCAAGGACAAACCAGCCAAGCAGUGAAGGUGAAUGAGGGUGAAGACUGGAGCCUGACUGAUAGCUCGGAAGAUUACUUGAGGGAGGCCUGUGAUAAGGAACUCAUUGAAAGGAUUCCACCUGAGCCUACUUCCCACUCCUCUACAGGUUCAUCCCAGGCUCAGGACGGUGCAGUGCCCUCCAACUCAAAACGUUAUCUAAUUCCAUCCCCUCCAAAAAACCCUUCACCUGCCUCUGCAGUGGAUGUUGCAGCAAGACCCUGGAAAACAAGGAGCCACAGGGGCCUAAAAACACCCAGCCAAGAGGAAGACAGGAAGUAUACAGAGCAAUGCCAGUCAAAGGCUCAUCAAGAGAAUUCAGCCCAGCCCCUGGACAAGCAACCUUCUCUCCUGGGCCUGCACAGCACACUGGCUGCCUCUGGAUCCCAAAGGCAGCACCAGCCUGUGGGCUGCAUCAGCCAGCAAAGGCCCAUUCCCGGACCAGCAGCUGUGGGGUCAUCAAAGAUCAGGCCCAUCAUGGAUGAGAGCCCUUCUAAAGAGAUCAACCACAAGCACCCAGCUGCCUGCUCAUCCACAAAAGCUUCGCAGAGGUUUAGGCCAAUUAAUUCUGCUUGGUCACUGACUGCCAGGUCCCUUCUGCAGUCAUUGCCAAAAAAAUCCACUGCCACAAAAACAUCUCGGAACAGAAGUCCUCAGUUCUAGAAGAUACCCAGUUGCCAGCACGUGUUGGAGCCAUGUACACAGUGCAGCCAUGAAGGAUCGAUGCUGUCCUGCAGCUUCUUCUGCAAGCUAAACACAGAGCAGUUCAAACAAAUAACGUGAUUUGCCUCAAUCCAGGAUACAGCUGCUCCAGAAAUAUUUUAAGAGCAACCACUGAUCAACCAAUGAGCUAAUGAACUUCUUUACAGAAAAAUGUGGUUAUUUUUGCAACCUAUAUGCACUAAAACAGAACAAAUCCUGUCAUACUUCCUCUCAUCCACACCAUACCCAGCUCUGUGAGUCAGGCAGGGACACCAAACAAAGCAGACCAUGGAGCCUGCUGUCUGCGGAGUGGGCUGGAGGAGGUGACCUACCAGCAGCCAGCAAUGUGUCUUUUGCAGUCCUGUAUGUUUAACAUGUGAGGGCCAAAAUCAUGGGCUUGAGAGGAAGUGUUGACCAGAGCAGGUUCUAAGGGAGGGGUGCAUUGCCUGAGGAGGAGCCCAGGAAGGCCAGAUGGUUUCAGAGUUUACGCCCCCACAGGAGCUCACCCUAUUCAUGGGCAUUGGAGUUUCUUGUAGGAUGCAUUGCUAUGGGAGCAAAUACUGGAUGAGUGGCUUAUCCCAAUAUUAACAUGUUUGCUUGCUCCAUAGCUACCUGGAAGGAUUUGUCUCACUUUCUCUGAAUAGACACUGCAUUCCAGAAUUUCUCUAGCAGAGCUGGCCUCUGUCACCAGGUGUCAGAGCACCCUCUGCAUGUGCCUUUCACCUCCAUCCCAUUUCUAGCAUUUUCAGAUCAAAUAGAAUUUCCAAUUUAUUAUAACUGGAUAAUUUUAAGAGAUGAUGCAGCAAAGCAGGGAAGUAAGGGAAUAAUCUCUUGUUUUUUCAAUAGGACGUUUGCUUCAUGUCCGGGUAAGAUCCAAAACAUCUGUUUUAGUGACUGCAGUCUGUGAGAUGCUGUUCCAAAUGACUGUGUCUUACAACUUUAUGGAUGUUGCAGUCUGAAACCAAGCAUCAUCACAUUUUUUCCAGUUUAAAAUACUAUGUUAGAUUACAUUUUUAAAAUCAGUUUAUAAAACUGUAAUUACACAAUGAUUUAAGGAAUUAGUUUAUGCUUUCUUUCUGCUGGCCAUCUUAACUUAGAGAAGCAGAAUAAUAGACAAAGCCCUAAAACUUCCUUUUUCAUGGUGCUCCUUGCACCACUUUAUCUUAUAAAACAGUCUGGAGCUUGAAGCAAGUUUGCUCAGUUUUGGUGUGUCCUAGCAGAAAUCAUGUAUCAAAAAUCAUUUCAAUUUAUGUGGUAUGUGAUUUUUUGCAAUACUAUGGAUGCAGGCAGGAUUUCACCCAGCAACAGUGCCUGUAUCCUUAAAUAGGCUCCUAAAUUUGACUUUUUGCCAGUGCCACUGACCAUACUAUCACACACCAAAAAAAGCUGGCCUUGUAAA